AUGGAUUCUAUGCUCAAAAAUGGAGUAAGAGUUAAAUCUGCUGCCGAGGUUGGCAAAAGAGCUGUCCAGUUUACAAGAGGUGACGAGAUUCAAAAAUGGGUUUUAAAUAAUAAGGAACUGGCCUAUUCUAAGUGUUCCACGUAUUUUGAGAAUGCGAAGCUGGAAGAUGAAGCAGACGUAGCAAAUUUUGUGGACACACUUAUCGAGAAUGGGUUCAUGUAUAGAGCUCAGUACCAGCCGCUUGAGGGAACCCUCGAGAAAUCGGAGUCAGGAUCAAACUUAAGCAUAAUUUACGCAGUCAAAAGACCAGUGUGGCCCAAGAGACUGAUAAAAACGCAAAAACAAAGAUUUGACACGCUCGGAUUCUAUAUCAUUUCCUACGAGGGAAGUCAGAAGUGGAAUUACCUGAAGCUGUCAGGGAUACUGUUUGGAGUAUUGGCGUGGCCGCUGUACCUGAAGUUGUCGAUGUGGUACAUAUCAGUGGUGUUGCUAACGUUUCUGAUUACGGCCAUCGUGCUGAGGCUGGUGCUGUUCCUGCUGGUGUGGUUCUGCGGGUACGACUUUUGGCUGUUCCCGAACCUGUUCGACGAGGACCUGGGCGUGGUGGACUCGUUCAAGCCGCUGUACUCGCUGGCGUAUAGAAGCGAUAACCUGAUGAUGAUAGCGUGCAGGAUACUAUGCGCAGUGUUGAUAGCAGUGUCCACGUAUCAGCUGGGGAAGACCCACGACAUAAGCGACAUAUAUACGUUCACGAAGCAGUCGUUCCUGGAUGUGCUGGAUUGGGGCCAUCAGAAGUUGAUAGCAGAGCCGGAAGAUACCUCGUUCUACAAAUCAAUUGGGGCAGACUUGAGUGCAGAAUUCACGGAAAAGGUGUCGGAAACAGCCGAAGAAGUUGACGAUGAUGACACAAAUGACCGCUGUGUAGACUAUAAUUGCCUGUUCAAAUGCGGAUUCAAAUCGUUGGAAGACUUGAUCACAAAUUGUAUGAAAAACUGCGACUGUAUGAGUAACCUUCUGGAAAACGAGUGUCUGAAGGACUGCCCUCAGGAAACCAUUAACUCGCUCACGGACGCUAAGCUGGACGUCUGUAAAAGAGCCAGAAGAUGA